AUGGCGGCAACUUAUGCCGCUAAAAAAGUAGUCGAUAAAGUUGUCGAUUCCGCUAUUCCCAAAAAUAGCAGUAAUCCUCCUACUAAUACUCAAGCCCAGCAACAAGAAAUUUUGAAGCCCAUCACCGACCGGCUGGAUAAUUUAGAUAAAGAAAUUACUGAUAAAAUUAAGGAACAAUUAGGCGAUAAGCAAUUGACUCCACGCGAGAAAAAAGAAAAAAUGGAAGAGAUAAAAAAAAUGAGCAAGGAAGAAAAAGCCGAAUUACUACAGCAACUAAAAAAUGAGAAUGCGGUUGAACAAGAA